ACUAGGUUGAAUACGACAUUGGAUGAAGUUAUUGUGUUCCCCAUUCCUGCAGCACUUUACCUAGUCAAAAACUUGCUUCAGUAUUACAUCUUUGCAUAUGUUGAUGCGCCGGGUUAUCAGAUAUUGAAGAACCUGAAUAUUAUCAGUACCGGUGUUUUGUACAGAAUUAUACUUAAGAAGAAGUUGAGCGAGAUUCAAUGGGCAGCUUUCAUUCUACUUUGUGCUGGGUGCACCACAGCUCAGCUAAAAUCGAAUUCGGAUCAUGUUCUUCAAACUCCUUUUCAAGGUUGGGUGAUGGCCAUUGUCAUGGCACUCUUGAGUGGUUUUGCAGGAGUAUAUACCGAGGCCAUAAUUAAAAAGCGUCCUAUGAGGAACAUUAAUGUGCAGAACUUCUGGUUGUAUGUCUUUGGGAUGAUCUUCAAUGCCGGUGCUAUACUGGUCCAAGAUUUUGAUGCAGUGAUGAAUAAGGGAUUCUUCCAUGGAUACUCGUUUAUUACAGUUCUCAUGAUUGUCAACCAUGCACUCAGUGGCAUUGCUGUAUCAAUGGUAAUGAAGUAUGCUGACAAUAUUGUGAAGGUCUACUCUACUUCAGUGGCAAUGCUUCUCACAGCUGUUGUUUCUGUCUUUUUGUUUGGCUUUAAUCUUUCCCUUGCCUUCUUCCUUGGCUCAACUGUGGUGUCUGUUGCAGUAUAUCUACAUUCUGCUGGGAAGCUGCAAAGGUAGCCUCGUGCCCUCUCUACCCAAAUUUAAUAUCCGUGUAAAGGCUCAUGUGCUAUGAUUCUUGUUCUUCUCUAUAAUGUUGCUUUUGAAUA